UGGCCCGAAAAGACGCACAACUUUUCCAUGGCGAUUUAAACAUGCUCCUUUCGCCGUGUUUCUCUUGUAAAAUGCCGCGUUUCUAGCCAGCGCUCAUAAAGUGGAAUUGCAUUGAAAAACCAAACAGCUUGCUGAACUUUUUUUUGCUAACUUUUGACCAAGAUGACUCGAGCUGAGAGCGCUGCUGAGGGACAGAGCAACAAGCGCACCGCAGUUGAGGGCAGUCCCAGUGCUGAGUCUUCAUCUUGCUCUUCCUCCGAGCCCAGUCCGCGUCAGAGGCGGUGCGCGAGCAGACCCCAACCCGAGGGCGCGCGCUCAGUCAGCAUCACGGAGACGGACCGGGACGACUUCACCAAAGCGACAGACUUGUGCAAGCAAUGCCAGGUGACUGUGGCGGAACUCAAGCGGCAAGCGCUUGCCCUGACCGAGCCAACAUCACUACAGGACCCUGGUUUUGCCACUUUCCUCUUCGAUCAGCUACAGAUGCCGGACUGGCUGGUGCAGGGUGGCCAUGAGGGGGCAAAGUGCCCAGUCUGUGCCACCCCCAUACAACAGUUGAGACAGCAGGCUCUGCAGGCUCUUCAGGACCUGUGCACUGGCGCGGACUUGCCAGUAGUGCCAGCACUGGCAUCUAAAAUAUUCAAUGCAGAGUCGACUGGAGUGACCACGCAUGGUGUGCUCACGCUCUCCUCCAGGCCCUCUGCAUCAAGGAUCCCUCACCCAGCACACAGCAUACAUAGCAUGGUGCCGGUGAUAGAGCAGCGGAGGGGUCUGGGCUGGGCAUCCAGCACUAAGCCGAAUGUACAGGUCACUGUGGGAGGAGGAGCUCUGAGUGGCACGCUCAGCUCGGUCACCAUCCAAGCCCAGCAGUACCUGGAGGGCAUGUGGAGCAUAUCACGUGUCAACAACUUCCUGCCUCAGCCAAGCCCGACACAUGGUCCUGCAGCUGAGCCAGAUCAGCCUGCUCCACUCUCCGACACAGGAAGCAGUUCUGUCUCCAACAACUCCUCAAAACAGAGGAGUCCAGUCCAGUUUGGCCCAGCAGUAACGUUGUCCUCUACCCAGCCUACCUCAACCACAACGUCCUUCUUCAUUAGGGCAGCACAGAAGCUGAACCUUUCUUCCAAACGGAAAAAGACUCAGCCACCUAUGCUGCAGCCCCCGGAGCCGUCUAUUUACCCCACCAACUUCAGCAACAUCCUCCAGCUGUCCCCUCCACCCGCUCCACCAUGCCUGCUCAGGGCCAGCACAAAGGCCAAGGAGAACCCCGGCAUGGGCAAGGUGAAGGUGAUGGUGCGGAUCUGUCCAUCUCUUGGUGUACAGGACUCUUCUGAGUCCAUGUCUUUCCUGAAGGUGGACCAGCGGAAGAAGCAGUUGACCCUGUAUGAGCCUUCGCUCCUUACCCAGCCCAGCCCAGGGCACCGACGUACACCACUAGCUGCUCCAAAGAUGUUCACUUUUGAUGCCGUCUUUACCCAAGAUGCCUCCCAGGCUGAAGUGUGCUCAGGGACCGUGGCUGAAAUUAUCCAGUCAGUGGUGAAUGGAGCAGAUGGAUGUAUCUUCAGCUUUGGCCAUGUUAAACUUGGCAAGACGUACACCAUGAUUGGCAAAGACAGCUCUUCUCAGAGCCUUGGCAUUGCUCCCUGUGCCAUCUCCUGGCUCUUCAAGCUCAUCAGCGAGCGCAGAGAGAAAACUGGCACACGUUUUUCUGUACGCGUCUCGGCUGUGGAGAUCCACGGCAAAGACGAAGGUCUGCAAGAUCUGCUCUCGGAUGUCUCAACAGGCAGUUUGCAGGAUGGCCAGUCGCCAGGGGUCUACCUGCUCGAAGACCCCAUCUGUGGCACACAGCUCCAGAAUCACAGUGAGUUGCGGGCGCCCACAGCUGAAAAGGCUGCUUUCUUUCUAGACGCAGCCCUGGCAGCACGCAGCACCAGCCAUCCUGAUGCAGAUGAAGAGGACCGGCGGAACUCGCAUAUGCUCUUCACUUUUCACAUAUAUCAGUAUCGAAUGGAAAAGAGUGGCAAGGGUGGAAUGUCUGGUGGUCGAAGUAGACUUCACCUCAUAGACCUGGGCAGCUGUGAAAAGGUGCUUAGUAAGAGCAGGGAUGGAGGAGGCGGGCUGUGUCUGUCCCUCACCGCUUUGGGCAACGUCAUCCUGGCUUUAACAAAUGGAGCCAAACAUGUACCAUACAGGGAUAGUAAGCUUACAAUGCUGCUUCGUGAUUCACUUGGGAACAUCAACUGUAGAACAACAAUGAUAGCUCACGUCUCAGACUCACCUGGUCAUUAUGCUGAUUCACUCACCACCAUCCAGCUCGCUUCACGAAUUCACCGCAUGAGGAAGAAAAAGUCCAAGUAUGCAUCCAGUUCGUCUGGAGGUGAAAGCUCCUGUGAUGAAGGAAGAAUUCGCCGACCCCCACAUUUAAGACCUUUUCAUCCGCGGACUGUAGCACUAGACCCAGACCUACCCUCACUACUGAGUGAUCCAGAUUACUCCUCAAGCAGUGAACAGUCUUGUGAUACUGUUAUUUACGUUGGGCCUAGUGGUGCUCCAAUUUCUGAUCGAGAACUCAGUGACAAUGAGGGUCCACCAGCUUUUGUCCCUAUUAUCCCAUCCCUUAACAGAAAGCAGCGUGGUAAAGAAGGACAAACCGACCGAGACCUUUUCAAGUGCAACACCUUCGCUGAGCUUCAAGAGCGACUGGAAUGUAUUGAUGGAAGUGAGGAACCAAGUACUUUUGUUGGUGAAGAUAGAGUAACCCAAGUAAACCCUAAGACAGACAUUAUCACAAUAAAGCCCAAAGAAGGGUCUAUUUCGGUUGCCCCAAAGGCUCCUACCAAAACAUCAUCCUCCCAGCAGGACAGUAUAUUAUCCAAACAGCCACUUUCUGCUCAUGGUAAACUACCAGGCAGCCCCAAACACAAAACCAAAAAUGAACAUUCCAAAUGGCAAAAUGCUUCGAUGUCAGAUGAAGAUAUGCCCAUGACUGCCUUUUGUAUAAAGGCAGAUAGUGAAAAGGGGCUUGCAACAGACAGUUUAACUCCAUGCUCCACUGGGAAACAAAAUAAAUCAGUCACAUUUGAAAACUCAGAGCCAGUGGUGAGAGAAAAGGUAUUCUCCAACAAGAAACAACUACCCAAGCCUGCUCCCCCACCUCCACAACAAAGAGACAGUACAAGAGGUAAUAAUGAAUCAGAAGAUAAGUCUGCCAUAAGGAUACCACCCAUUGGAAUGAGCCAUCAAGUGCAAAAACAGAGUGGUUCAGGUGGCAAUUCUCCUCUUUUGAGCAGGGUUCAUCAUCUCAACCCCAAGACCCCACUAGAGGUAUGCCAGCUUAAGUCCACACUCAGGGAGCGGGAUAUUUUAAGAACUACAGUAACUCUGCAGCAACCAGUUGAGUUAAAUGGAGAAGAUGAGCUGGUGUUCACCCUUGUAGAAGAACUGUCAAUUGGAAGUAUUUUGGACAACGGAAGACCUUCCAGCAUUAUAAGCUUCAAUAGUGAUUGCUCUGUACAGGCCCUUGCUUCAGGAUCUAGGCCAGUGAGCAUAAUUAGCAGCAUCAAUGAUGAGUUUGAUGCAUAUACAUCCAGUGUGGGUGCCUCUCAAGUAAAUAUUGAGAUGGUAACACCAUUUACAGAGGAAACGUUUGUCUCUUUAGAUAGCCGUGGUUCUUCUAUCAGUUCUUGGCUUAGUGAAGUGAGUGUCUGCACCUUAGAGAGUGAAGGAGCACAGUCUGCAGAUGUCUUCCUUCCUGAUGAUGCGCAAAUUGACCCAGGAAGUGCUUUCUACCUUGAUUCUCUUGGCAUGUUCCAAACAAGUCCCCAGAAGGAACCCAAUAACUCCUUGAAUGAUAGUGGCUUUAGUUUCUCAGAACUGGAUAGUGAUAGUGCCACAUCAAGUAAACUCUCACUUAGUAAAUGCUCAUCCUCUCCAGAGUCCACAAACCCUUCCAUCAGAAAUACUUUAAAAAUGGCAAAACCAAAUAAUAUUAACUCAUCUCCAACCCAGACCCUGCAAGACCCGUACAGUGUGCAUUGCAGUCUUCCCAGGAAAAUGAAACCUACCUCAUCCACAGUCCAGACCGGUAGCAUCAGUGAGAGCAGUAAUAGUAGCAGUUGGAGACGAGAACCAUUGAGACUAGAGGGCAAAUCAGAUGACCCAUGGCAUCGGAAAGAGAAUAUGGCAGAGUUGCCUAUGGCCUCAAUUUCAAGUCCUUCCAAGCAAUUAAAAAAUGGAAUGAGUGGCAUACCAACUAGAAAAAUAAGCACAGACUUUAACAGUAUUUCACGAAUACCCACAGCAUAUGUGUCUACUUUAUCCCAAAGGGUAGUAGAUGGAUGUGAAAAAUCCAGUGCCAUUAAAAAGGUUGAGACACCCAGCAAAAUGCCGCAGCUUAGAAGAGGCGCAACCACACUUGGGACUGUUCCAGUCAUUCAUACAUCUGCUGAUGUUAAAGGUAGCUUUGAUAGUGAAUCAUCAGGCAGCUGGAAGUUUUCAUCUUUGGAAAAAAAUAGAAAAGCAAAUAAGCAGGACAUAAGUAUGCUGUCUGGUGGUAUAUUACCUCCUCCACCUCCGGUGCGCAAAUCCAGUCUGGAUCAGAAAAAUCGUAUCUUACUACCACCGAGUGCCUUAAAAUCUGUAUGUGAGACAGGAAAGUCACUAGUUCUCAGGCCUGCAAAAUCAGAGGAUGAUUAUGACCUUCGGUACAAAGGAGACUCCCAUAGUUUAAAAACAUCCAAUUUGAGGUUUGAUCAUAAUUUACUCAAAACAACAUCAAGUCUCAAAGCCAGAGGAGCAAGAGGGGACACUGGACAAAUGUAUGGAAGUCAGGUAUCCCUGGAAAGGUCUGACAGUUUGACCUCUUUAGGAUCUAAACCUGUGCUCAGUCGAGAGAACAGUGGGGCCAGUCUUGGUGGAAAGUCAAGCAAAUCUGUUACUAAGUUUGGAUCACCUGUUGCCACUUCUUCCCCAAUCACUACCUCGCCAAAUCCCAAUGUCAAUCAAUUCAACAUGGGAAAAAAUGGGCCAAUCAAAAACAGCCUUAAUGCAAGACCAGUGCCUGUAAAUGGAAACAAAGCUCGCACAUUAUCUGCAAGCAAUUCCAAAGCACUAAGUUCCUCAACUAAGUCUCUCACAACAUCUGCAACAAGGAAUGCUAGUCUUCCACCUUCAGGAAAGAGUGCAUUACCUCGUGCAGCAGCAGGAUGUAAUGGUAAAUCUACAAGGGGAACUAUUAUGGGUACUAAGCAAGCCAUGCGAGCAACAAACAGUCGAGUAGGUGAGCUGGCAUCAGGUAGUCCAACUGGAAAACAACCAAGGGGAUCCGGUGAUUCUGACAGUGGUAAUGACAGUGGUGUGAACCUUAAUGAAGACAAGCAUACACCUAUCCCCAUCCUACCUUCGCCUUAUAGCAAGAUCACUGCUCCCAGACGGCCACAGAGGUAUAGCAGUGGGCAUGGAAGUGACAACAGUAGUGUCCUGAGUGGAGAGUUGCCCCCUGCCAUGGGGCGAACUGCACUGUUCUACCACAGUGGGGGAAGUAGUGGGUAUGAGAGCAUGAUCAGAGACAGUGAGGCCACUGGAAGUGCAUCUUCAGCUCAUGACUCUAUGAGUGAAAGUGGAGUGUCUUCCAACAUGCGACUCAGGAGCUCAAAGCCCCCCAAAAAGAGAUCAAAUGGCAUUCAGAGGCGGCGUCUCAUCCCUGCUCCUUUACCAGACACCUCCUCUCUGGGAAUGAAGGCUGGAAACACAGGCCAGUGGGUGGAUCUGCCUCCUAUAUCUGGCCCAUUGAAAGAGCCCUUUGAAAUCAAGGUGUAUGAGAUUGAUGAUGUAGAACGGUUGCAGCGGCGGAGACAAGAACAGCCCACAGAGCAAACAGUUCAGGAUGUUGAUAAGGGUCUGCUAUAUUUUAACACAAAGCUGAAGGAUGUUGAGCGGCGACAGCAACAGGUCAGAGAUCUCAGAACUAAGCAUGGCACCCUGAAAGAAGAACUGGAGGACACCAAAGCAAGACUCAUGAUGGACCCCAGAAAGUGGAUUGGAGAGUUUGAGGUGGACCAGGACAUGGACCCAGAGUCACAAGAGUACAUGGAGGCACUAGAGCAAGUCACGAGUGAACUAGAGUACUGCGUCAACCUAUGCAAGUCCCGUAUUAUGAUGGUGACCUGCUUUGACAUAAGAGUAGCAUCAGAGAUUCAAGAAGGACCGCGAGAAGUGGAGGUGUGAGAAUUGUAUGGGAAAGAAGUAGAGAUAAAUGGUGAGCUAAAGAAGUGAGAAAGAAUCUUGGAAGUCUAAAUGGAAGGAAAAUGACAUGUAGCAGCCAAUUCACUGAUACAAAAAACAAAAAGGCAAGGAAUAAACUUAAAAAAAAAAAAAGACUAGAGCACUGAACACUACAUAGAGGAGGAUUGUGUUAUCAAUGAAAAAUGACUGGUACUGGUAAUAUAUAGUGCCUCGCUCUGUGUAAUGAAUUUGAAUGGAAAAAAGCAACAACCUGAUAUUUUUGGAUCAUCUGAUAUGUUGGAAAAAAAAAAGACAGACUGUCAUUAUUCAGCCAAGAGUUUUGUUUGAUAUACCGCAAAGUGCCUUUGUGAUAUAAUUUCAAUCAUUAUUUUUUUGUAUUGGUGCUAUUGCUCUUACCAGCAUACCUAAGCCAACCCGUAACAUAUUACUUUUAAGAAGAAAAUGAUUUUAUAUUACAUUGUAUAGUGUAUUUAUAUGAUUAAACAGUCUGUAAAAUACAGUUUUGUGGGAAUAUUAAAGGCAAAAGGAAAGGAAAGCAAUAAGCUAAUGUUAUUGCAUUUUCUUAGACUUUGCCUUCUCCUGAACUAUCACCUUUCAGCAUUUUGUCAUCUAACCUCUGGAGCCUUAUGUUCUCUUAGUAUUGACUGUGUUUGACUGUCUAACUUACAUAUCAAGCAACUCUGUGAUGUCUUUUAAAGAGCUACGUUUGUAAUACUGUUGUAAUCCAACCACUGCUGAUCUUGGUUGAACCCAUGCUUAAGCUAAAUUCUUCAACUUAGACUCAGUUGCCUUGAGUAAUUUCAGAUGAAUAAAACAUUACAAAUGAUCAUAUCUUUAUAAGAACAUUUUCUAAAAUAGUCAAUUCGGUACAUUUGGUGUCUCUCUUUCUUUACCAGAUUAAAUGUACACAAGGAUUUAUUUAUAAUAAAUGAGAACCCAAUGAAAAUCUCGCUUGAUAUCUAAUAUACAGUAAAAUUUACCAUUUAGUACGAUCUGAUAAAAAAAAAUUAAAAAAGGAAAAAAAGAUGUUAUUGCUGGUCCUUGUUUACAUUUACUGAGACUGCAGCAGUGUGAAUUUCUCUUUGGGCCCUGCAGAGUAGGUGCUAUUUGCAUAAAGCAGCGCAUGAUUUAUGCAGUCUCACAGGUUCUGCGAAGACUGAGAUGUCUUUAACCAGUAGAUAAAAGAGCAACAUCUAAAAAAAAAGAUCCAUAAUUAUUUAAAAGUAGAUGAUAAAUUUGCUUAUCAGAAGCUGAGGGAGAUUUGAUCGUUUGUUCAGUGAAAACGAAGAACUGAAAUAGCCUGCAUUUUGCCAUUGUUACAAACUGUGCACUGAUUAAAUUGACUACACACAACUGCUACAGCGUUGUUUUGAUGGACCACUGUGGAUGAGAUACACUGAAGUACUAGUGCCAGGCGUUGGUUCUAUGCAUGCUUGCAGUCUGUUCACAUAGAACCUCAAAAUGCGUUUGCUUUUAGCACAAAUGCACUGGCCUUAUUUGGAGUUUCAGAACAUUUUAUUUUGUCUUUUUAAUGCUCUUUGGUAGAUUAACUUGCGUAAACUCUAAUAAAUACCUCUGUAUUCCUGAUGUCAUGGAGGCAAUUGUACAGGUGUAGAUCGUCCACAAUGGCUGUUUGUUAACUGCCUUUCGAAAUGUAUUUGUGACUUUUUCAUACCAGCAUAAUUACAUAAAGACGGUUAUUUCUACUGUUCAUGAGAUCAUAUUUGAAAUUUUUUCCUUGUUAACCUUUACAAGUAUACAUGCUCAGGCCCUUUUUUACAAUGCUGCAUGAGAUUUUUUUUUUAAUGAUUUUUGGAUAUGUUCUUGUUCAUUUUUACAUGUAUUUUUAAUGACAAUGCUGGAUUUCACUGUCAUGGGCAGUUAAAACAUGAAUUAACCAACUAACACCAAACAAAAGUUUUUUUUUUAUUCUAAAUGUAUGUCACAUUUUCAUAUUAGAUCAUAUUUUCUAAUGUUUUUUUUGUUUUGUUUUGUAAAAGAUUUUCAAACUGUGUAAAAAUGUAUGAUAUGGCAACUUGGUAUGACUUUUUUCUGUUGUGAAUAAAAACAUGUUUCUUCUUA